CACAUGGCGCGGGCGGAGCCGCCCGGCCGGGCCGGGCCGAGCCGCGGGCGCAGGCGCAGCGGUGGCCGCAGCGCCAUGGCCGGUGGGGGGCCGCGCCCGGCGGCGCUGCUCGGCGCCCUCGCCUGCCUCUGCCUCUGCCUGCUGGCGCGGGCCCCGGCGGCUGCGGGCUUCAAGAAGAGGGGACCCAGCGUGACGGCCAAGGUGUUCUUUGACGUGAAGAUUGGAGACAGAGAUGUUGGCAGAAUUGUAAUUGGAUUGUUUGGAAAAGUUGUCCCAAAGACAGUGGAGAACUUCAUUGUGCUGGCAACUGGAGAAAGAGGAUAUGGAUACAAAGGAAGUAAAUUUCAUCGUGUGAUCAAAGACUUCAUGAUUCAAGGAGGGGACUUUACAGUUGGAGAUGGAUCAGGAGGAAGAAGCAUCUAUGGAGAAAAAUUUCCAGAUGAAAACUUUAAACUCAAACACUACGGAAUUGGAUGGGUUAGCAUGGCUAAUUCUGGCCCAGAUACUAACGGAUCACAGUUCUUCAUCAGUGUGACAAAGCCUUCCUGGCUGGAUGGAAAACACGUAGUAUUUGGCAAAGUCCUUGAUGGAAUGUCUGUGGUGCACUCGAUAGAGCUUCAGCAGACAGAUGAACAUGAUCGCCCCCUUCAAGACUGCGUGAUUGUGAACAGUGGCAAAAUAGCUGUAAAGGAACCAUUUGUAGUUGAAGCAGGAGACUGGUGAGACUAACAACCAGACUAGGAAAUAAAAUGUAAUCAUUUUUCUUUCAGGCCUAAGUUUUGACUGAUCUCAAUUAUCCACUGACUUUUCUCCUCAAAACUUAUGAGGCUAUAUGUAGACAAUACUUAAUAUUUGCCAGAUACAUAAAAUUAUGGCUAUUUCUAUAACAAUUUCAUGGAAGCUUUACUCCUUGAAAUUCAGGGCAUAUCCCACUAAAUCCUAGAACUCACAGAAAAAUUCUUUCAUGAGAAAUUUCAAAAUACUUCUGUUUUUUCAAAGGUUUGAAAUGAAAUCAUUGUCUUUAGAAAUUUUACAAUAUUUGUUACUGCCAUUUUAUUUGAAAACAUUUUCUGUGAGAAUAUCUGCAUUUUUUUAAGAUUCCUGUAAAGUAAAAUAUUGAAAUGUUUUGAAAAAAUAAACUGAUUUCAAACAAAUACUUAAUAAAGAGCUGCUUUUUUUGCAAAA